AUGGACGUAGAUGGAGGAAAUCAAACCUCAAAUAACAGCGGAUACUCGUCCUGGAGAAGAAGCGCUGGGCGUCGCCGAAGCGGAUCGACCAACUCGGGUACGUUCAGAGGGAACUCUAGACGAUUCCCCUUGAUGCUCGUAGGGAUCAUCGGGAUCCCCGUCCUCCUCCUCAGCUUGAUCUACGGGAUCAUUCGUGGGAACGCUCCAGAUCUUCUCCCGGACUUGCACCUCACCGACAUCCUGGCACCUAUCAAGCUGACGGAAUCUCUCUCCCGGCGAUGCGUCUGUGGGACGGACGAAGGCAAGCGGGAUACGGAGGGCAAGAGGGUGUGUGAGGUCUAUGGAAAGGAUGGACUGUUGAGGAGUCGGUUGCAUGAAGGGACGGGCAAUCGGAUCAAGGAUUUCGUCAGGUUUGCGAGGACGGGCAAGAGGUUGAAGGUGGGGAUCAUGGGAGGAAGCGUGUCGGCCUGUCACGGUUUACAUCUCAAACCAGGCUUCCCAGGCGGUGAUCCGGCUGGGCCGGGGUGUUACCCCACCUUGUUCGUAGAUUGGCUGCACAAGGCGUUCCCGAUGCCUGAUGGACAGGAACACGAAAUCUUCAACGGUGCUAUCGGAGCCAUGGAUAGCUCGUAUUACGCUUUCUGCGGAACGCACCACAUCCCUACCGACGUCAACCUCAUCAUCCUAGAAUUCGACGUCAACGACCAAGCCAACCUAGCCUACCAAGCCUACUUCGACCAACUCCUCCGAGUCCUCCUCGAACUACCCUCCAAACCCGCAGUGAUGAUCCUCGGGGCGUGGUCGCCUCUCAUAGCCCAGAACCAAGGGUACGGGGACCCGCAGGUCGCGCAUCUGCCGGUAGCGCAUUAUUACGAUGUGCCGUAUCUGAGCUUGAAGAGGGUGAUUUGGAACCAUUAUCUGAGAUGGCCCAAGGAGGUCGCGGAGACGUUUUAUCAGAAGGAUAUGGUCCAUCCGAAAGCAAGAGGCCAUCGAGUCAUGGCCGACCUGCUCAUUGCCUACUUUGAGGGCCAGAUGUGCGAGUACGACCUUAACGGCGUACCCUCCAAUCCUCCUCUUGACGUGACUGCGGGCACGACGCUUCCGUUCGGCGAGUUCGUCGAUGCGGACUUUGCCUUUGAGAGCAUCAAAGCUGGGGAAGAAGCCGAAGGAGACGCCUGGAAGUCGACUUAUGACACCGAAGCGUUGGGCAAGAUGGCGUUCGAGAAGAAACUCUUCGUCGAGCCUAUCGACGUCUUAGGAAUUCCUUUCACUCCGAUCGAACAACCCUUGAGGGAAGUGGUCGACCCAGAAUCGAACUCGACCGACGCCAAGCACCUGCUCGAGCUGGUCCAGCCGAAACCUUUUUGCGCGGACGCGAACGACCCGGUGAACCCGAUGAAGCCGACAGUAUCAAUCGGGUGGGAACGCUUUGUAUGGAUGGAAGAGAAGCAUUUCUGGAAGAGCAAGAAACCGGGUUCGAAGAUCUCAGUCGACAUCGAGGUCUCGCAGGGAAGGGUGGCUAUAUAUUACUGGAGGAGUUCCACCUUGGCGGGAGGGACGGUAAACUGUUGGGUGGACGACAACGAACGAGGUUCGGUACAGGUGGGCUCGUGGUGGGAUCGUCCUUAUAAUAUGGCUAGUGUCUGGUUCAUUGAUGAAAAGGUCACGCCCGGAAAGCACUAUGUCACUUGCAAGUUGCUCGACCAGUCUUCGAACCCUAACGAUGAUACGCAACGGGAGUUCAGGCUGGUCGCAGUCAUGGCGACAUGA